CUACUGAUCUUCUUUCCUCGGCUCAAAUUCAUCCCAAUACCUCUUAAUAUUAGUUUGAUCGAUAUAUCAGAGUCAACAAUGGAGAACUACAAAGAAACAAAACCUUCUGCACCAUCGGCCAACCCUGGAAGGGACAUGGAGUCUGGUGGUCAAGCAAUUCCGGUUGCGAGGUCAGGAAAGUGUGAGAAAGUAAGUUUGAUUCUGAGGGUUGCAGCUUUAGUGUUCUCGGUAGUUUCAUUCAUUAUUAUGGCUUGCACCAAAAAUUUCGAUGGAUUCCAUCAGUUAAGGUAUUUAUUGGCUGCUGGCAUCCUUUGCACGGUAUACACAACGUUUCAAGUUACACGCCAAAGUUACUACAUUUCGACGGGAAAAUCUCUUUUCGAGCAGCGUACUACUAGUCUUGUUGAUUUCUUUGGAGAUCAGAUAAUUGCAUACCUGUUGGUAUCAUCUGCAUCAACAGCGGCUCCAUUUGUAGCUACGAUCAGGGAGGUGGAAGAUGCGCUGUUCGCGAGUAACGAGACAUCAAGUAUGAUUGCAGCUUCCACCAGCAUGGCUUUCCUAGCGUUCUUAACUUUGGCCGUAUCAGCUGUGAUAUCUGCUUUUAAGCUCCGCAAAUAGAACAUUCCCAAACUUGCCUAAAAAAAAUUCUUUAGAUUUGUAUGACAAAGGAAGGAAAAGAUUCCUAAACUGUUUUGUUUCAUUUAUUUUUGUUGCUUGUCUGGUAUAACGUGUUUGCUUUUGUACCACCAGUGUGUCAUAUUUGAUAAACGAUUUAUUUUAAUUUUUGUGUUUUAUUAUAUGAUUCAACUUGGUUA